AUUGCAAAUUGAUAAAUAACAUUCAGUGACAUUCAUGUCAUGGGGCAGCAUAAAAUUUGUUUUUAUGAAACGGUACAGUGAACUGGAAAAUCCCGGACCUGACGAUGGACCUGUUUUGAGAAUAUGUUCCAUGGACUGCUGUGAAAAUGGAAGCAGAAACAAAGGAUCAGGAAGACACUCCAUCGCCUGCGCAGAUCACGCAGACCUUUGAGUCUUCUACUGCUGUGAUCAAAUUCAGUGGGACGUGCCUCGGAUCAGACUCCGACAGCUUCUCCUCGGAAAAUGACGAAGAAGAAGAAGACGACGAACCAAUUAACGAGGAGAGCUUUCCUGACGGAAGCCAACCAGACACUUCCAAAUCCAACGCUAGUAGGACAGAUUUGGAAUCAACGCCGACAGCUAACUGGACGGAGGAAAGCUGGAAGAGUGACUCGGGGUUCAACAGCGACUCACAGACAGCCCAGAGUCUCAGAAGGGAGGAGAACCAUGGAGUAUCGGAAACGGGACAGGAAUCAACAGAUAUCAGGCCUGAUAAUGAACGUAGUCCCAAUCAAGUAGUACUCAAUAAAACGUCAGUUCUAGAAUCAACUAUAGGCAAUGAUUGCAUUCCCGAAACAUCUGCAGAAACAGUUUCUGGUAAUUCCUUAUCGUCCUCACCCAAAGAGAAUGUUUCAUCGCAGGCUGAGGGUUCUCCACGAAGCACAGGCAGUGAUAGGGGCACACAUCGGGAGAGAUUUAAUCCAUUCAACAGGGUCCCUUACAUCCACGAUGACCACUUUGACAACAUGUCUAGUUUUCCGUCCGUCUCUGGCACCAGUUUUUCAGGAGAUAGAGACGACUUUGGUACCCCACGGCAUGAGAAUCAGUCUACCUCCAGUGACACUGACACUGAAGUCAGUCUCCCAUCCAAGGAUCUGGAUCUUGCACUGAUCACCAACGAAGAUCUCGGCAUCACGGAAGACCACUUCUCACAGCCCGAGGGAUGUUUUGGGUUCUCCCGGGUUGAGGAGCUGGAGGUUGCCAUAGAGCUGUGCAAGGAGUCAGUCAAGGAGACUAGAGAGCAUUCAGAGCAGCGGCGGGAACUCAUCAGUAGGCUGGUCCAGCUACGCAUGAAACUACUAGAAAUCAAGGAAGGUCCCGAGGACGACCCCGACAUCAAGCAGGUCCUAGGCCACAAGUUUGUCAAGAGGAAAGGCAAGAGUUCCAACCACCAAUGUGAGACCUGUAACUCAAUCAUCUGGGGCAUGCUGCAGAGCUGGCACAGGUGCAUAGAAUGUGGGUUCAGCUGCCACAGUAAAUGUCUCAACUUCGUCAAGCGGCAGUGUGCCAGCACCAAGGUGACGCACCCAGUUUUAACAACACAUGCUAGGCCAGUACCCAGCGUUACCAUGGAUAACAAAAACACACUUGCAAAAGCACAGAUAUCUAAACGCGGUUAUAUCGUGGAUAUUUGUCCGGAAUCAGGGUUAGCAGCUCAGAAUUAUCGCUGCGCAGAAUGCAGAACGCAACUGUCUUUCAAGGGUGACGUCUCAGAGCCGAGGCAAUGUGACUAUGACGGUCAUUACUACUGCAGUCUGUGUCAUUGGAAUGACACGGAGGUCAUUCCUGCCAGGGUCAUCCACAACUGGGACUUUGACACGAGAAAGGUGUGUCGGCAGUCCAAGCAAUACCUGAAGCUGAUGCAGCGGCGAGCAGUACUGUGUGUACAGGACCUCAACCCCAUGCUGUUUAACUAUGUGGAAGAACUCAGUCAGAUUAAGAAGUUACGUGAGGAGAUUCUUAUCAUGAAGAUGUACUUUCUGUCCUGUAGGAAGGCCAUGGAGGACAAACUCUUACUGCAGUUGCAGAACAGACCUCACUUUGUAGACAAUCCAGACACCUACUCCUUACAGGAUCUCAUCGAUGCUAAGGAUGGUACUCUCUUAGGGACACUGUCUGGUAUCCAUGGCAACUAUGCUGUCCACAUCAAGAUAGAAUGCCCGCUUUGCCAAGCCAGAGGGUUUAUCUGUGAGUUGUGCAACUCUAAUGAAGUCCUGUACCCAUUUGAUAUGAUUGCCACUGUCUGCUCACAUUGUUCAGCAGUAUUCCAUAGGGAUUGCUUCUACAAGUGUUCUGGAGAAUGCCCCAAGUGCGAGCGCUUGCUAAAAGAACGUCGCCUGAGGGGAGAUAAGAGUAAGAUGCGACAAGAUGAUGUAAUCUGACAUUUAUAUCGGUAUAUCAAUAAAUGUAUUAUUCCAAACUAUAUGCCAAAUCUUUUCAAGCUUGAGCUCAUCAAUAGAAUGAACAAAACUAAUUUUUUAUGAAUCUCCAAAAAAAGAGUUAAUCAGAAAUUAAAAAAAAAUGGGGAUAUAUUGAAAUUCUCGAAAAGUUAUUUGGAAAUUUUAAUUGUUUGAGCUGAGUCAACCUUUCUUCUAAUGAGCUGAGAGCUUCAUAUUUUAAAUUGCCUUUUUCUAUUAUAAUUUCAAACGUGAGGAGUGUUUUCAAAUGUUCUUUUGUUUAAUUUCUCCCCGAUUUAUAAAUGGAUUUUAGUGCAACAGAAAUCCCUUUUUACUUCCUAAAGAGUGUAACAAUAUUUCCUAUCUGCUUGAUUUAAACCUAAGCAUUUGUUUAAGUUGUACACAUGUAUAAAAGCUAACGUAAUUUAGGAUUUUAAAAAAUAAAAACUAUAUACCUUUUUUAUUUCUUUUUUGGAAUACCUCAGUACCAAAACUGUAUUUUUGCUGACUACAUUUUUACCAAUACUAAUUAUAAAGCAUUUGGCUUUUUAAACAUUUACUUCUAUUUUAUGCAUUCACGCAAUCAGGCUGGAUUUAAAGAGUCGAGAAUGUAUUUACCCCCAGCUUUUUUUCCUAGUCCAUGAGAGUAUUUAAAUGUAAAAAAAAUCAAAAUGAUUUAGAUAACAGUAAAUUAUUGAAUGGGAUUUCAAUCAUCUGAAGAAACUUUGUGAUUAUGUAAAGCCAAACUUUACAAAUAAAGAUGCAUGCCCCAUAGGAUUUGUUCUCCUAAUAAAGUUUCAAUUUGUAUGUUUUGUUUUAACAAGAAAAAAAAUAAUACUUUUCCCCCUUUUUUGGGGCGUCUGCAACCCUCUUAGCAGGAAUCUUCUUUAAUUUUGUGCACAUAUGCCCCCCCUCCCUGCGAGAGCAGAAUUGUUGUCUGGCAUCUAAAAAUUUCAAGGUUGUGAAGAAAGUAUUCAAUAAGGCCCCCUUUACACAGGGCUGCGACCUUUGUACCACCUAUGAGCGACCAAAAAUGGCCAGGACGCUCAAUGGUCGCCUAAACCCAGAAAAUCCUGUUUCUAUGUAACUGCUCCAGCGAUCCUUGUGCCUCCCUUGAACCACCAAAACUGCAAUUUUCGGGCAUUUUCAUGUCGAGCUACGAGCGACCUGUGCGUCCACUGAGCCACUUGCCUGCCUCCGCUGUGCUUCCAUUGUGCAACCUACGGCCAUGGUGGCUCGUGGUCGCCAAAUGGAGGCACAGCGGUCGCCACAGUCAUCGUUCAAUGCACGAUAUUGAUCGGCCAAAGGAGGCUCAAGGGAGGCAGAAGCAUCGCCAAGAUCGACGGCAACCAUUCGGCCUCCUUUGAGCCUCCAACGGCGACCUGGCCAGUUUUAUGGUCGCACAAAGGAGGCCCAAAGGUCGCAGCCCUGUGUAUUGGGGUCUCAGUAAAUGCUGGUGCAAUUUUUUUUCGUUUGAUGUCUCGUACACAAAUUAAUAACUUAAAUAUAUUGCUAGGAAAAUGGCAAUUGAAAAAAAGACUUUUUUUUCUCGAGAUGGAAAAAAACACACAAGGAUUGAAUCUUUUAGGUAACAUUCCAUGUCCCUUGUGAUGCCAAUCUGAUGUUAUUCCCAAUACAGUAAAAUAUCUAGUUGCAUGAGAAAUGUUCGUGAUUUUUCUCUGAAUUUGAUGCCGAUCUGUUGCAUUGUGGUUUUAAAAAUUCUUGUACCUUAAUCUAUGUUUCCAGGUCUGUAAGAAGGCUAAGAAAAAUAGAACCAGCUCAAAAGUGGAUAGUGCAUAAUGUUUUUGAUCCAACAGUUUUCAACCGUAUGCUGUGAACAAAAAUAAUUAUCCUUUUUUGGGAAGGGAUUGUAAAUUAUAAAAUAGACUUUUAUUAAUGAAUGCCAGCUUAUUUACAAAUCGCCAGAACAAGUGUUUGAAAUUUUAAUUUUAAUUAUUUUUUUACAUAUCUUUUAAUCUACAAUUAUUUAUUGACUACUUGCAAGUGUUCUCAGGAAUGGCAAAGUAGUGAAUAUUUGGAUUGAAUUUGAACUUGUUAUUUGGGUGGGGUUUAUUUUUGGGUGGGGGUGUUUGUUUUGAUCUUUUCCAGAGAGGUUUGGUGCCAAUGAAACGGGAAAGGGAACAAUUUCUUUUCACCAAUGUUUUCCAACUCGUGUAAAACCUUCCCUGUAAUUUGUUUUUACCUUAAAGAUUAAUUUAUUUAUCACGGAUCUUUUUAGAUUCAGUAUCCAUUUUUACGAAGUCAAUAUUUAUACAUGUUUUAAGCAAUGAUGCAGUAUAAUCAAGUGAUUUCUGCGGCGUGAUUUCAACCCUUGACCAAUCAUGUUGCUUCCUUGGUCCAUGUUAUCUGUACAAUUUUGUCGUAAAUAUUUGAAUUUCCAGUAUUAUAUUGUUACAACAAAAUUGGUGUGGUUUUUGGUGCUGAUGAAUAAACCGUUUCCUGAAUCUAUCAGA